AUGAAGAAGGAGAAGCAUGUCAAUCUACUGUACGUGGAGAAAGAUGGUGUGGGACAUUUCACAUGGAUCAAGAAUUUGUCCCGCCUCGUGAGCUCGCAACUGAACAAAAACGCGCACAAGAAAUACAUUUGCGAUAGGUGUCUACAUUAUUUCAGUUUGAGCGAAAAGUUGGAGGUCCACACCAUAGACUGUGGGGAGAUGAACGAAUGCGCGAUCAGGAGGAAUGGUCUCGACAGGAGUAGGUUCGGGACCGGACUGGUAGCCGUCGCUCCGCGGCGGCGGCUUAUAUACCCCCGCCGAUGGGCUUCGGCGGGGGCUGCGGAGAGGGGUCGCUCUCCCGUAACACGCUCGGCGCGCGUGUUAGUCGGAGUUGUGGCGCUGAGCGCCAGGGGCGGCUGGUCGGCCCCUUGUGGUGACGAGGCGGGGGCGUAUCGUCACAAGUUAGAGUAUAUACCGAAAGUUGUUUUGCUGCGAGAGUUUCCAAACUGUAUAAGUCAAUUGUGGGACAGAUUACCCGAGCAUAUAAAAGCUGAUUCGGAGGUUCAACAGUAUCAUCGGUGUCUGAAACAUUACAAUCAACCGAGCAGCAGACACAUAUUGACAGUCCUGCACCGUUUGUAA